UGCUCGACCUCAAUUCACACACGCACGCUAUUCAACUUGCAGGGACCGAGCGACGACCAAAGUGUGGUGUUGAAGACUACAUCAAACGGCCCGAGAACACAUUCUUCCUCUUCUAUUGCAGAUGCCGUUGGGAAAAGAACGAGGCGGAGGCAGCUCAUCAUACACUACAAGUACUUUCACUGUAUGGCUGCCCGUUCGGAUAUCCGCACACGAGGUGCAGUAGCAUGCGCGAAGUGGAGAUGGCAGACUUUGGUGAUUUUGAGAUGGGUGAUGCGGGGUGCUUGCAAGGACGGGUUCAACUGCAGACGUAGUCAUAACCGUUGAGCCUCUCAAUGCCCUCGCUUUCUGGUGGUCCGUCUGGAUCUGGUCAAGGGAUGGGCCUGGCAAUCGACACCCGUAAUGCACUCGUUCGCCGCUCGAGUCU